CAUGGAGCUUGUCAUUUAGCGUGUCGCGUUUUUAGGUGAACUUCUCUGCUUAAUCUCAAUUUCAAUAAUUUUGUGCUGCUAGUUGCUAUCUGUUUAUUGUUGGUAUUUGUCGUGUACAUAUCAGUUUUGUGAAUUUCUAGUCAAAAAUAAAGAAUCGAAAUGAAAUUAUUAUUGGUCGUCUGUUUGUGCUUUGCCUCGACGCUAGCAAAGGAAGAAGUGCAAUUGAUCUCCAAUGAAGCCAUGGUGGAAUAUGAUGGAAAAUUCCACUACCAUUACGAGCUCGGCGAUGGCUCGAAAGCCUCACAAGACGGCGUUUUGAAGAAGGUGGACGCAGAGCAUGAUGGCGAGUCGAUCGAGGGCAAAUUUGCUUUUGUAGCGGAUGACGGCAAAGAAUACUUGGUGUCGUACAUAGCUGAUGAGAAUGGCUACCAGCCGGUGGGCGCACACUUGCCCACUCCACCACCAGUGCCCGAAUCGGUGCUGAAGACUUUGAAGUACUUGGAAGAGCAUCCCUAUAACCCAGAAGCGGCGGCGAAAAAACACUAAACUAAGCAAGCUAGCAAGCUGAUUACACGUGCGAGCGGAAACGAGCUGAUACUAGUUGAAAUGAAGAGAACUGUGAUCUUUGCGAUGCAAUGCGCUAAAUAAGUAGAAGAAAAAUAUAUUUUGGACUGAUUUCUAAAAGCAAUGUUAAAGGCAAUUGUUUGUCUAUUUCUAUAUGUUAUGUGUAAAAAUGUAUAAUAAAGUGCGCGAUUACGAAAUUUCUAUAAGAAAAUAAUAAUUUAAAUAUUUAAACUAAA